CAUGAGCUUCUCAAGCUGCAGCUCCUGAUCCUCUCUCUGAAUAAAGAUAGAGCUUUACCCAGACUGCACAUUCCUUCCUCUGUCCCAGAUCUGAUUUUUGAAGAUUUGAAGAGGGAAGUUUUAAAAUCAACAGAUGAAGGGCUUAUAACCGAAACAUUGACCCUCCUGCUCCUCGGAUGCUGCCUGACUCCCCUGUGACUUUCCAGUGCCACAUUUUUCGACUGACUCUCCAGCAUCUCCGGUCCUCACUUUGAUGUCAAUGUCUAACAGUCACUCAGUCCACUGGGGCCAGCAAAGAUUUUCGCCGUGAUUUCUGAGAGAGGAAUCAAAGCUUUUUGGUUCCUGUCUGAGUAUGUUUUCAGCAUCAGUGGGACUGGACGAGAGACCCCACUGUUGCAGCGCACUGUGUGAGGAGCCUGAAACAGUUAUACGGCCUGGAAAGGGGAUUUCACGGCAGGGAGGGGCUCUACACGUGUUUGUGUGCAGCUGAAGUUUUGGCCAUGGAGAAACCUGAGGAAUCCCGCCCUGUGGAGAAACCGUGGAAGUGUGGGGACUGUGGGAAAGGCUUCCGUGUCCCAUCUGCCCUGGAGAAUCAUCGACGCAGUCACACCGGGGAGAGGCCAUUCCCCUGCCCCGAAUGUGGGAAGGCCUUCAGACAUUCCUCCCACCAGCAGGACCACACGGGGGAAAGACCCUUCAGCUGCCCCGAGUGCGGGAAGGCCUUCGUGUUUUUCUCCACCCUAUUGGCCCACCAGUGGGUCCACACAGGAGAGAGGCCGUUCAGCUGCCCAGAGUGCGGGCAGGCUUUUACCAACAACUUCAAUCUGCGGAUCCACCAGCGGAUCCACACGGGGGAAAGGCCCUUCAGCUGCCCCGAGUGUGGGAAGGGCUUCAGCACAUCUUCCUCCCUGCUGAGGCACCAGCGGAUCCACACCGGGGAGAGGCCGUUCAGCUGCCCCGAGUGCGGGAAGGCCUUCAGCAGAUCUUCCUGCCUGCUGACCCACCAGCAGAUCCACACCGGGGAGAAGCCGUACAUCUGCUCUCAGUGCGGGAAGGGCUUCACCCGCUCCUCCCACCUACUGACCCACCGGAGGGUCCACACGGGGGAGAAGCCCUUCAGCUGCCCCGAGUGCAGGAAGGCCUUCAGCACAUCUUCCUCCCUGCUGAAGCACCAGUGGGUCCACACCGGGGAGAGGCCAUACACCUGCACUCACUGCGGGAAGGGCUUCACCUACUCCUCCCACCUGCGGAGCCACCAGCGAGUUCAAGGCGGAGAGAAACCGUGGAAGUGUGGGGACUGUGGGAAAGGCUUCCGUGUCCCGUCUGCCCUGGAGAUUCAUCGGCGCGGUCACACCGGGGAGAGGCCAUUCCCCUGCACCGACUGUGGGAAGGCCUUCAGACAUUCCUCCCACCUGCUGGCCCACCAGCGGGUCCACACGGGGGAAAGGCCCUUCAGCUGCACUGAGUGUGGGAAGGCCUUCAGCAGAUCCUCCACCCUGCUGAUCCACCAGCAGGUCCACACCGGGGAGAGGCCGUACAUCUGCUCUCAGUGCGGGAAGGCCUUUACCCAGUCCUCCCACCUGCUGACCCACCGGCGUGUCCACACGGGGCAGAGGCCCUUUAGCUGCCCCGAGUGUGGGAAGGCCUUUACCCACGUCUCCACCCUGAUGAGGCACCAGCGUGUCCACACCGGGGAGAGGCCGUUCACCUGCUCUCAGUGUGGGAAGGGCUUCAUCUGCUCCUCCCAACUGCGGAGCCACCAGCGGGUCCACAUGGGGCAGAGGCCCUUCAGCUGCCCCGAGUGUGGGAAGGCCUUCAGCAGAUCUUCCUCCCUGCGGAGACACCAGCGUGUCCACACCGGGGAGAGGCCGUUCAGCUGCCCCGAGUGUGGCAAGGCCUUCAGCACAUCUUCUGCCCUGCUGACCCACCAGCGGAUCCACACCGGGGAGAGGCCUUACACCUGCUCUCAGUGCGGGAAGGGCUUCACCUGCUCCUCCAACCUGCGGACGCACCAGCGAGUUCACGUGCCAUCGCAGGGGGAUUGAAGGAGUGACGGCCGAGUCCCAUUAUCGAUUGGAUUAUCAACCCGGUUCCGGGGACUCCCGGGUUUGAAUCCCGCCACGACAGAUGGCAGAAUUGGUAUUCGGUCAGAAAUGUGGAAUUCGGAAUCUAACGAUGAGACCAUUUCAGGGAGGGGGUGGUAGGGGGAGAAAGGCCCCAUCUGAUUCCCUCUCUCCCUUGUUAGGGAAGAGAACUGCCAUUGUGGGAAAGGAUACACUCAAGUCGUUCCAGCUGCAUCCUUUACUCGGUCUUGCCUACACGUGACUCCAGACCCACAGCAGUCUGGUUGACUCUACACUUCCCCUUCCUGGCAAAGGAGCGGGGAGAAACUUACUUGGAGACAGGGUAUGGGUUGAAAUUGCUGAGUGAGGCAAUACUUCCUCCGGGUUAUGGCUGUACCAAGGAUCCAAUUUCAAAGGGACAGCUUGGUGCUGACCAAUA